GGUAGAUGAGGGGGUAUUUUGGUCUAUGAAAAAUGUCCUCGUGUUUAAAUUUUGGGCAUACCACCACAUGAGAAGAUUCUCAUAUUUCUCACAGGUGUUUGUUGAGCCUUGAAGUUUGUAAUAUUCAUUUAAGUAACAUUUCUGUUUUUUAGUUGUAUACUCCUCCUACUCUCUCUCUAUUAAAUAUAAACACAGAGUAAUCAGUGACAGAGAGAGAGAGGUUUCGCUGGAUGUGUGGUCAAUUCAAUUCAAUUCACUUCACUUGCAUUGCAUUACAUUAUUUGUCGUUUUGCAUCUCAAUCUCAGGGAACCAAUAUUAAUUGUUACACCCCAAUAUAGACACCAUUGGUGAGCUUGCUUGAUCAUAUAUUGUUGUUUCCUCUAUCUGUGCAUGUUCUGUUCUUUUGGGUGCUUCCGGCUUGUUUCUUGCCUACCGCUCAGUCAGUCUCAGUCUCAUCAGAAACCGAGUAUGGCUUACACGGCAGUCGGCAUGCCUACCUCUCCAACAAACUCUGUAACUAAGGACAUUACAAAAGAGCAUUAUGGUCUUCGUCGGUCGAGAUCCAGCAUAGACAUAUGCACACGUUCCAUUAUGCAGAGGUCUUAUUCUGACAACCAUCUAUGUUGCUCCUUUAACCGUAUACAGGCCUCGUCGGUGCAACCAAAACUUAAGGAGAAUCGGUCGAUGGGAACUUCUCCAUUUCAAUUUUCGAGUUCCAUUCUCCCAAAUUCGUUGCGGUCUUUUUUAUUUGACCAACAAAUCAGCAAGGACAUGAAUAAAAGGGAGAAGGAUGUAAAUAGUGAGGAAAACAUGGUGGAAAGUAGUAAAGACGAGAAAGUAAAUAGAGCUAAUUGGAUAGAGAGGCUUGUGGAAAUUAAGAAACAUUGGAGAAACAGGUUACCGAUAGAAAGCGUGGAUAUGGAUGUGAUAUUCGACGAUGAUACAUAUGGUGAAUUUGAUUGUGAUGAUGACAGUGUUUGUAUGGCGGAUUAUGAUGAAGAAGACGGGCAAGAAGUGACAUACGAUCGCGACUCAUUCUCAAAAUUUCUCACUCAAGUGCGAUGGUCUGAUACCAAACUUUACUCUCAGCUAGCUUUCCUUUGCAACAUGGCAUAUGAAAUACCUCAAAUCAAGGCUCAGGACUUGAGGAGAUACUACAGCCUUCAAUUUAUAACAUCUUCUUUAGAGAAGAAAGCUGCAGUGGCCAAAUUAAAAGCAAAACUUAAUCAGGACUCGCUAGGCGUUCCUAUAGAUGACUCGGUAGCCUCUCAAGGUAUCUUAGAGGAAGGAAAAAAUAAUGAACAUAAGCCUCAAAUUCGAAUUGCUUAUGACAUUGCUGCCUCAGCCGCUUCCUAUGUCCAACAGCGAGCUAAGAACCUUUUGACUCUUGCUGCUAAGUCACAACAAAGUGAAACUGAGGAUUUUAGUGGAAGAAAAGAUUCUCUGGAACGGGAAGAAGACACUUCGCGAGAUUAUAAAUCAGAGGUUGCAGCUUAUAUGGCAGCGUCAACCGUGACAUCUGUGGUUGCAGCCGGAGAGAGGGAAAGGCAGGAAGCAGCAACAAACCUCCAGUCACUUCAUUCCUCGCCUUGUGAAUGGUUUGUUUGUGAUGAUUUCAGCAACUACACUCGAUGCUUUGUUAUUCAGGGUUCAGACUCCCUAUCAUCUUGGCAAGCAAAUCUCUUCUUCGAGCCUACCAAAUUUGAGAACACAGAUGUACUUGUUCAUAGAGGAAUAUAUGAAGCGGCAAAAGGAAUAUACGAGCAAUUCAUGCCGGAAAUAAUGGACCAUUUGAAAAGACACGGUGAUCGUGCAAAGCUUCAAUUCACUGGACAUUCCCUCGGGGGAAGUCUCUCUCUUUUGGUUCAUUUGAUGCUAUUGACUAGGAAAGUUGUCAGCCCCUCAACUCUUAAACCAGUAGUGACUUUUGGCUCACCAUUUGUAUUCUGUGGAGGCCAAAAAUUAAUCGAUGAACUAGGCGUGGAUGAAAGCCACAUCCACUGUGUGAUGAUGCAUAGAGAUAUUGUUCCCAGGGCCUUCUCUUGUAAUUAUCCCGACCAUGUAGCCGUCAUCCUUAAGCGCUUAAACCGCACUUUUCGGUCACAUCCUUGCCUAACGAAAAAUAAGCUAUUGUACUCACCACUGGGAAAAAUAUUCAUUCUCCAACCGGAUGAGAAGACAUCGCCUCCACACCCUUUGCUUCCUUCAGAAAGUGCCUUCUAUCAGCUUGAUAAUACCAAAUGUGGAUACUCACCAAAAGUUCUCAGCACCUUUCUGAAUCAACCGCACCCUAUUGAAACACUAAGUGAUCCAACAGCAUAUGGAUCAGAAGGCACAAUUCUAAGAGACCAUGACUCAAGCAACUACCUUAAAGCUGUCAAUGGAAUCCUAAAACAACAUGCAAAGACGCUCGUUCGCAGAGUAAGAAAGCAAAGAAUUGAUGAAUUGUGGCCACUAGUUACCUCACCAUCCCCACACUCAUGGAACCAUGAACAGAAUAUUGAGAGAUGCAACUUGAUGACAAAAGAGAUAACAACAGGUGUCUCUCUUUAGGUUCGUACAGAACAACUAUAGAUAAAAUUAAAUUAUGAAAUUAAUUAGCAUAGUAAAACAAUUUAUUUUUAUGUACAUUUCUAAACAUAAAACAAAUAUGAUUACUUCAUAUGUGACUAACAUUGUAUAGUAUAUAUAAAAUAAAAUGUCAAUAAUUCCAAUAGAAUAACAAAUUUGAAAUUUCUAAUGAUUUUUCA